CCUUAUCCACCACCCACUCAAACACACAGCAUAUGCUAUUCCUUCCAUGGAUCCACUCCUUUUCUCCUCCUCCACCCAGAAACUCUACACACGUUGCUUUUUUGUCCAUACCCUUUAAAACUCAACACACUGACAGGACAUAGAAGCCAAGCCAUAAAACACAAAAAAGUUCACUAAUGGCUUGUGCAGCUACAAGAGCCACUUUCUCUUUCAACCUUCCUCAAGGACCUCAACUUCCCUCUCCGAAGUCCAGAACCCAUCUCUCCAAAAUAUCAUUCCUUUCCAUUCAUAAACCCCAAAAGACUCAUUUUUUCUCUCUUCACUCCAUUGAUGUCUCCAAAGAAGACAAGACACCAUCUUUAUCAGAUUCAAGCCUGACCAAUCCAUCAGCUGAGUCUCCUGUUGAAGAAGGAGAAGGAGAAGGAGAAGAACCAAAGUUUGACAAGGGGCGGUUAGAAGAGAAGUUUGCAGUUUUAAACACUGGGAUUUAUGAGUGUAGGUCUUGUGGUUACAAAUAUGACGAGUCAGUUGGUGACCCAUCAUAUCCAAUACCACCAGGGUUUCAGUUUGACAAGCUGCCUGGUGAAUGGAGGUGUCCUACUUGUGGCGCUGCACAGAGUUUCUUUGUGAGUAAAAGCGUUGAGAUUGCUGGGUUUGCGCAGAACCAGCAGUAUGGAUUGGGAGGCAAUGCACUUACUUCUGGUCAAAAGGCUGUUCUAAUAUUUGGGACCUUGUUCUUCUUCUUUGUUUUGUUCUUGUCAGGGUAUUUUCUGCAAUAGUAAACGGUGAGGGUUUUCUUUUUUUCGGUAUUGUUAUAUGAUGCUGUACUAUAUGUAUUUGAAGUUAGUAAUAAUUGCAUUUUGAGUUACACAAA